CGCGGAUUAUUGACGAUGUCGCUAUCCCUGCCAUGAAUUAUCAGUCAAUCAAAAACAGAAGACGAUCUUCUCCUUCUCGUGACUCCUCAAGCUUUCUCUUUUAGGUAAAUCCCAUGCGAUCACUUCAUUUGGGUUUCCAAAAAUUUCGAAUUUCGAUUUCAAUUCUACAGAUGAUUGAUCCCUGAUGAUGAUGAAUUUGCUCGAUUUUGAAAAGAAAAAAAAAACGUUUCUUUGAUCGCCCCCAAUUGAUUUCGUGAUAAUUGGAUCCGGACCAAAGCAUUGUUUUAGCGUUUAUCUCUCUUGUUUUGAUUUUGAUUAGGGUAAAGUUUUGGAUUUCUAUAGACUUCCCAUGACCGUCAUAGCAUUAUGGUUGGGGAGGUUUUAGAUGGAUACAAGAGAUAGUAGUAGUAACAAGACACUCUCCGAGAUUGUGGGUCUGGUCAAAUCCUGGAUCCCCUGGCGAUCAGAGCCAGCUACCGUGUCCAGGGACUUCUGGAUGCCUGAUCAGAGCUGUCGUGUUUGCUACGAGUGUGACUGUCAGUUUACUCUCAUCAACCGCAGGCACCACUGCCGUCUCUGUGGGAGAGUUUUCUGCGGCAAGUGUACUGCCAACUCUAUACCUUUGGCUGGGAGUGACUUGAGAGCUCCUCGGGAGGAGUGGGAGAGGAUCCGUGUUUGUAAUUAUUGUUUCAGGCAGUGGGAGGAGCAAGGUGAUGGUGGGGCUCACGUUUCGAAUGUCCCUGAGCUUAGCACCUCGCCUUCGGAGUCCAGUCUUCUUAGCUCGAAGACUAGUACCACUGCUAAUAGUAGUAGCUUCGCUCUUGGCUCCAUGCCGGGGCCAGCUGUUCCUUACCAAAGGGCUCAACGUGGUUCUGAUGUCAGUUUGCAUGGUGUAUCGUCUAUGGAGGCAGGCACGACGAGAAAAGGCAAAGAAACUUCGAGGAGGAACAGCUUCAUCGCUACAGAUGUGCAAGAUCCAUCUCGCUUUGCUUCAAAUAGGAGUGAUGAUGAGUACGAUGAGUAUGGUGUAUACCAGACUGAUAUUGAUACGAGCCAUUCUCCUCAAGCUAAUCAAUAUUAUGGGCCAAUGGAAUAUGAGGAGACGAGCAUAGGUGGUGAUGGGCCCUGUAAGCAUCUUAGUGGCGAAACCUCUGACCAGAAAAGUUUAAGCGGCUCUCCACUCAUUCACCAUUGUCUUGAGUCUCUGAUUGGGGAAGGAGCAGAGCAGUUCCAGAAGAAAGACGAGCAUGAUGGUCGUGACGAAUCUGAAGCUCCUUCUCCGCCAGAUGACCAAGUGGCGGAACCGGUGGAUUUCGAGAACAAUGGACUUUUGUGGGUCCCACCUGACCCGGAAAAUGAAGAAGAUGAGAGAGAAAGUCCUUUGUAUGAUGAGGAAGAUAAUGAGGGAGAGGCCUCAGGUGAGUGGGGAUACUUGCGACCUUCCGCUAGCUUUGGAAGUGGAGAGUACCGUAGCGAGGAUCGAACUAGUGAAGAGCACAAGAAGGCUAUGAAGAAUGUGGUUGAUGGGCACUUUAGGGCUUUGCUUGCACAGUUGUUGCAAGUCGAGAACAUCCCUGUGAGCGACGAAGAGGGGAAAGAGAGCUGGUUAGAGAUCAUCACCUCUCUUUCUUGGGAGGCGGCUAACUUAUUGAAGCCUGAUAUGAGCAAAAGUGGAGGAAUGGAUCCUGGUGGCUAUGUCAAAGUUAAGUGCUUAGCUUCCGGGUUUCGACAUGAUAGCAUGGUGGUUAAGGGAGUUGUUUGCAAGAAAAAUGUGGCUCAUAGGAGAAUGAGAGCGAAGAUUGAGAACGCUCGACUACUGAUUCUAGGCGGUGGGCUUGAGUAUCAAAGGGUCUCAAACCAGUUAUCGAGUUUUGAUACUUUGUUGCAACAGGAAAAGGAUCAUCUGAAGAUGGCUGUUGCAAAGAUUCACGCUGAACGUCCAAACAUUCUACUUGUUGAAAAAUCAGUUUCUCGGUUUGCGCAAGAGUACCUUCUAGCCAAAGACGUAUCUCUUGUUCUAAACAUUAAGAGGCCACUUUUAGACCGCAUUGCUCGCUGCACUGGUGCUCAGAUCAUCCCUUCUGUAGACCACCUCUCCUCUCAAAAGCUGGGUUACUGUGAGAAUUUUCGUGUGGAUAGGUUUCUUGAAGAACAUGGUUCAGCUGGUCAAGCUGGAAAGAAAGUAGUGAAGACGUUGAUGUAUUUUGAGGGUUGUCCAAGGCCUUUAGGCUUUACAAUUUUGCUUAGGGGUGCUAAUGAAGAAGAGUUGAAAAAAGUGAAGCAUGUGGUCCAAUAUGGAGUUUUCGCAGCUUAUCAUUUGGCACUGGAGACAUCGUUUCUUGCUGACGAAGGAGCCUCACCAGAACUCCCCUUGAACUCCCCGAUUACGGUAGCUCUUCCAGAUAAAUCCAUGAGCAUUGAACGUUCGAUAUCUACUGUGCCAGGUUUCAUGGUCUCUGCAUAUGAAAAGUCUCCAACAAUGCUAACUGGUUCCGAACCACAGCGAGCAAACAGUGUCCCAGCAUCUGAGUUGCUUUCAACCACUGCUAAUGUAUCCAUCCAGAAGGACAUAAACCCUCUGAUACCCAAUGGUUCAGGCUGGCAGGGUAGAGAAGGAACUCCGGGUUUCACAUUUUCACGCUAUAAUGUUCCAUUGAAUUUGCCUGACCGUUUGAUAGCUGGAAGAAACGCAGAUUUUUCUGAAAGAUCUGCACUGGCCGACAAAAGCAACCCAACAGACAUAUUGGACAGUUCCCUACAUUCAUCAGGGCAAGGCGUUGUGCCACAGAGUUCUCAAAGUAGUAAGAGCGUUGUAGUAGAAAACCAGGACAAUGGUACAGAGUUUAUGGCCAUCCAACAACAAAACAGUGAGACUCCAAAGGAACCACAAUCUCAAAAAGAGGAGUUUCCUCCGGCACCCUCUGAUCACCAAAGCAUCUUGGUUUCUCUAUCGUCCAGAUCAGUGUGGAAAGGAACUGUGUGUGAGAGGUCUCAUCUCUUCCGGAUAAAGUACUAUGGUAGUUUCGAUAAACCCUUGGGACGGUUCUUGAGAGAUCAUUUGUUCGAUCAGGGUUACAGGUGUCGUUCAUGUGAGAUGCCAUCAGAAGCUCACGUUCACUGUUACACUCAUCGACAAGGCAGCCUUACGAUAUCUGUCAAGAAGCUUCAAGAUUGUCUCUUACCUGGUGAAAAGGAGGGGAAGAUUUGGAUGUGGCAUAGAUGCCUGAGAUGCCCUCGACCUGACGGUUUUCCUCCCGCGACUCUACGAGUGGUGAUGUCUGAUGCUGCAUGGGGAUUAUCCUUUGGGAAGUUUCUGGAGCUCAGUUUCUCAAAUCACGCAGCUGCCAGUAGAGUAGCAUGUUGUGGCCACUCUCUCCAUAGAGACUGUCUUCGUUUCUACGGAUUCGGGAACAUGGUUGCUUGCUUCCGUUACGCUACUAUAGAUGUUAAUUCUGUCUACCUUCCACCAUCAGUUCUUAGUUUCAACUAUGAUAAUCAGGACUGGAUACAGAGAGAGACAGAUGAGGUGGUAGAGAGAGCUGAGCUUCUGUUUUCUGAAGUAUUGAAUGCUAUUAGUCAAAUUGCAGCAAAAGGUUUUAGGCGUCGAAUUGGUGAACUCGAAGAAUUGCUGCAAAGAGAGAAAGCAGAGUUCGAGGAUAAUAUUCAAAAGAUGAUGUUGCAAAGGGAGGUGAAGGAAGGCCAACCUCAAGUGGAUAUUCUUGAGCUGUACCGGCUUCGCAGGCAGCUGAUUUUUCAGUCAUAUAUGUGGGAUCACCGUUUGAUUAAUGCAUCAAGUUUAUCUAAGAUUGAGUGUAGUGAUGAAAAUGAGAAAGUACCCUUGGCUAAGAGCCAGACCCUCCCCGAGAUGAAUGCUGGGACUAACUCUCUUCUUUCUGGCUCAGAGGUUGAUCAGAAUCCUGAUGGUGGUUCUACCGAUGACACUAAGGUUCAGAAGGAAGCGGAUACGAAUUUAGAUAUGAAUCCGGAAAAGGAAGAUGGUGGAGAAGUCUCUCCCAGCAAGACCUUACCUGAUAGUUCUGAACCUCUGGAAAGUAAACUCGAUGUUCGCAGGACACAGUCUGAUGGCGAGAUAGUUACGAAAAAUCUAUCAGCUACUCUUGAUGCAGCAUGGAUAGGCGAGCGUCAGACAUCAGGGGAGAUUCCAACCAAUACUAAGAUCUUGCUUCCUCCUUCAAACUCUUCAACUUUCCCUCCAAUAGAUCUCCCAGAACAGCAAAACGAAUUCAAGGUGGCGUAUCCAGUUUCACCUGCUCUACCGAGUAAAGAUUAUGAGAGCUCAGAAGAUUCUGUAAGCUGGUUAGGUGUGCCAUUCCUCAAUUUCUACCGCUCCAUCAACAAGAAUUUUUUGCUUAGCUCUCAGAAGCUCGAUACAUUUGGAGAGCAUAGCCCUGUCUAUAUUUCAUCUUUUAGAGAGGCAGAGCUUCGAGGUGGACCAAGGCUACUUCUUCCCGUAGGCAUCAAUGAUAUUGUUGUUCCGGUGUAUGAUGAUGAACCCACAAGUAUGAUCGCAUACGCCUUGACGUCACCAGAGUAUCAACGUCAAAUUUCUGUUGAAGGGGAAUCUCUAGUUUCGUAUACUUCUGAACUGAACAUCCCUCGCCCAGUUGAUGACACCAUUUUUGACCCUAGCAGAAGCACAAGUUCGGUGGAUGAGAAUAUACUCUCAAUGUCCUCAUCUCGCAGUCUGGACCCGCUCUCAUAUACAAAAGCGUUACAUGCUCGAGUCUCAUACGGAGAAGACGGCACUCUUGGAAAAGUGAAGUACACGGUUACUUGUUACUAUGCAAAACGGUUUGAGGCCUUGAGAGGUAUAUGUAUCCCUUCGGAACUUGAGUAUAUAAGGUCUCUUAGCCGGUGUAAGAAAUGGGGAGCUCAAGGUGGGAAGAGCAAUGUCUUCUUUGCUAAAACCCUUGACGAUCGUUUCAUCAUCAAGCAAGUCACCAAGACAGAACUUGAAUCGUUCAUCAAGUUUGCACCUGCUUACUUCAAGUAUUUAUCCGAGUCUAUCAGCACGAAAAGUCCAACUUGUUUGGCAAAAAUCUUGGGAAUCUAUCAGGUCGCAACAAAGCAACUUAAGAGCGGGAAAGAAACAAAGAUGGAUGUUCUGAUAAUGGAGAAUCUUCUCUUUGGAAGAACUGUGAAGCGGCUUUAUGACCUCAAAGGAUCAUCCCGGGCGCGAUACAACCCUGACGCUAGUGGGAGCAACAAGGUCUUGUUGGAUCAGAACUUGAUUGAAGCAAUGCCAACUUCUCCCAUUUUCGUUGGUAACAAAGCUAAACGAUUGUUGGAAAGAGCUGUCUGGAACGAUACCGCUUUUCUUGCAUUGGGUGAUGUGAUGGAUUACUCGUUGCUAGUAGGCGUAGAUGAAGAAAAGAACGAGUUAGUUCUCGGGAUUAUCGACUUCUUGAGGCAGUACACAUGGGACAAACAUCUAGAGUCUUGGGUGAAAUUUACGGGAAUCUUAGGAGGACCAAAGAAUGAAGCACCAACGGUUAUCUCUCCAAAGCAAUACAAGAGAAGAUUCAGAAAGGCCAUGACGACUUACUUCCUCAUGGUUCCUGAUCAAUGGUCUCCGCCUAAUGUCAUUGCUAAUAACUCCAGGUCUGAUCAACCUGAAGAAACCUCUCAAGCCGGUACACAAGCAGAGUGAUACAUGAAUCCUCAUAAUAUCAAAGUUUUUUUUGUCUUGUAUAGAAAUUGGUUUUUGUGCAUUGGUUAGUGCAUUUAGGAGCACUAUUCUUCGGUUAUGAGUCUUCCUUCAUUGGUUUCUCUCUUGUAGAGUUGGGAUUGUCUAAGUUAUCAUCAGAAAGGUGUGAGAUUAUUUCAAUUUUUAUACUGUAAAGAAUGACAUUUUCUUGUGUAUAUGAGAUUCUUUUCAUAUAUGUUUUGAUGCUGGACACA